UGGUGGGAGCCGCAGGCGGGACUCAGGGGGCCCAGGAAACCAGAAAUGGACUCAGUGGCCUUUGAGGAUGUUAAUGUGGAGUUCACCAUGGAGGAGUGGGCUUUCCUAGAUCCCACCCAGAAGAAACUCUACACAGAUGUGAUGCUGGAAACCUUCUGGAACCUGGCAUCAGUAGAAGAAAAAUGUGAAGGCCAUGACAGUGAAGAUCAGUAUGAAAAUCAUGGGAUGAAUCUUAGCAGUAAUAUAGUAGCAAGACUCUCUACAAAGAAGGAUGAUGGCCAAUGCAAAGAAAACUUCAGGCAGAUUCCAAAUCAUAAUGAAAAGAAGGAAACUCCUACUGAAAUAAAACAACCUAAUUCCAGGUUGUGUAGGCAAAUCUUCAUGCGUUAUUUGUCCUUGAAUAACCACCUGAGCUCUCACAUUGGACCCAACCUAUACCUGUGUCAGGACUAUGAAGAAAACACUUAUAAAUGUAAGGAACCUGGGAAAGCUUUUAAGCAUCACCAACAUAUUCAAAGCCAUGAAGGCAGCCCCAGUGGGAAAGCUUUUCACUAUUCAACUUCCCUUGGAAAUCAUGAAAGAACACAUGUUGCUGAAAAACUGUAUGAGUGUGAGCAAUGUGGAAAAGGCUUUAGACGUCUCACUUACUUUAAACUUCACAAAAACACUCAUAGUGGAGAGAAACUAUAUCAAAGUAAACAACGUGGCAAAGCUUUCAGUUCUCCCAACUCUCUUGGAAAACAUAAAAGAAGUCAUGCUGGAAAGAAGCCUCAUGAAUGUAAGGAAUGUGGCAAAACAUUCCGUCGUCGCUAUGCCCUUAUAAUUCAUCAAAGAAUGCAUACUGGGGAAAAACCCUAUGAAUGUAAGCUUUGUGGUAAAGUUUUCUCUUAUUCAACUUCCCUCCAAAAUCAUAAAAGAACUCAUACUGGGGAAAAGCCCUAUGGUUGUAAGAAAUGUGGAAAAGCCUUCAGUUGUCCAAAGUCUUAUCGAGAGCAUCAACGGACACAAUGUGGAGAAAAGCCCUAUGAAUGUAAGCACUGUGGGAAAGCUUUCAUAUUUUCCUCUUCUCUUCGAAAUCAUGAAAGAAUGCAUACUGAGGAGAAACCCUAUAAAUGUAAGCAAUGUGGGAAAAUCUUCAGUUUGUACAGCUCUCUUGGAUAUCAUAAAAGAAUUCAUGAUGGAAAGAAGCCUCAUGAAUGUAAGGAAUGUGGUAAAACUUUCCAUCAUCCCUGUUCCCUUAGAAAUCAUGAAAGAACUCAUACUGGCGAACAACCCUAUGAAUGUAAACAUUGUGGCAAAGCUUUCUAUUUUCUGUCUGCCCUCCAACAUCAUGAAAGAAUUCAUACUGGGGAUAAACCCUAUAAAUGUAAGGUUUGUGGUAAAGGUUUCUCUUAUUCAACUUCCCUUCAAUAUCACGAAAGAAUGCACACUGGGGAAAAACCCUAUCAGUGUAAGGAAUGUGGUAAAGCUUUCAUUUCUCCCAGCUCUCUUGGAAAACAUAAAAGAAGUCAUGAUGGAAAGAAGCCUCAUGAAUGUAAGGAAUGUGGUAAAACAUUCUAUGAUCGAUAUUUCCUCCGAUUUCAUGAAAGUAUUCAUACUGGGGAAAAACGUUAUGAAUGUAAGCAUUGUGGUAAAGCUUUCUCUUAUCCAUCUUCCCUCCGAAGUCAUAAAAGGACUCAUAAUAGGGAAAAAACCUAUGAAUGUAAACAAUGUGGGAAAGCUUUCUUUGCUCUAAGUGCCCUCCAACGUCAUGAAAGAAUUCAUACUGGAGAAAAACCCAAUAAAUGUAAGCAUUGUGGCAAAACUUUCAAAUAUUCCAGAUAUCUUCGAAACCAUGAAAGAACACAUACUGGGGAGAAAUCCUAUGAAUGUAAGCAAUGUGGGAAAUUUUUCAGUCAUCCAAGUUCUCUUGUAACACAUGAAAGAAAUCAUGACGGAAAGAAGCCUCAUGAAUGUAAGGAAUGUGGUAAAACUUUUCUUUAUCCCUCUUUCCUUAGAAUUCAUGAAAGAAUGCAUACUGGGGAAAAACCCUAUAAAUGUAACCAUUGUGGUAAAGCUUUCUCUUAUCCAACUUCCCUCCAAUGUCAUGAAAGAACUCAUAAUAAGGAAAAACCCUAUGAAUGUGAGCAAUGUGGGAAAGCCUUCAGUUGUCUCAGCUCUCUUGCUAAACAUAAAAGAAGUCAUGAUGGAAAGAACCCUUAUGAAUGUAAGGAAUAUGGUAAAACAUUCCAUGAUUUAUAUCACCUCCAACUUCAUGACAGUAUUCAUACUGGUGAAAACCUUAAGCAAUGUAGUAAAGCAUUUAUUCACCCCAGUUUCCUUGAAAUUCACCUAAAUGCUCAUUGUGGAGAGAAAUCAUAA